AUGUCGUCGCAGAUAUCUGUUCUCACGAGCACGACAAGGCUAACCUGCCGCCGGGACUUCCCCGUUUGGUACGACGCUCUCUACGCCGAAGCCGACGCAGCAGACGUCUGGGAUCUCAUAGACCCAGACGACACUACGUCUCCGUCAGACCCAAGAGAGGACGAUGAAGAACUCUCGAUCGAAUCAUGGAUCACGCAGCAGAACGAAAAGCAGCGUAGAACCUAUGAUCGGAAGCGGAAAGCCUACGAUUCGAUUCUCCAGCAUAGGGCAGAAGCGAGUGACGAUACAGGGGAAGAACUCCAGGAGCCUGUAGCACAACCAACUCUCACGCAAAACACGCCCGGGACCUUUGAAAGAUAUACGAACUACCUCGCUUCAAAAUCAGGCCGCGACGUCCUCAAAACUCGUCGGGAGCGGGACUUCGACUCUAUUCAGCGUUGGGUUAAGGAAACGGUCGACAAGGACAUCCUCUACGCUGCGAGAUCGGAGAUCCUAGCGAACAACCAACGUUCACUCCGUGCUCUUAUUCAGUACCUUCGGAAACGCUACGCUCCAAGCGAAUCAAGCAGUCAAACUACAGUUCGCGAAGAGUACCUUCUCCUCCUGGAAAAGGCCAACACAAGCGUAAACCCCCAGACCUGGCUAAGAGACUUCCAUCGAGUACUGCUCCGCGCGCUUCGAUUCAGAAUACCGGAAAGCCAGGGAACGCUCGCUUCGAAAACUUUUCUUCGAGCGGUGGGACACCGUUUUGCCCCCUCCUGGGCGACCUCCGAGCUCACUGAAAUUGUCAAAAUGGAGCGCAAGGGGGACCGCAUCCCUACUGUAAGUGAAUACAGGGAUAUGCUGGAGGACUUGCUGUAUGAGGACACCCUAUACGACAAAAAUCGGGGUAAAAGCAAGCGCGGUUCGAAAGGAAAAGGCAAAUCCGAAGCGUGCCCCUGCAACAAACCCCACAACGCAAACCCCCUGGAGUGCACCCGCGUGGAGUACGCCCUUACCGGGCGAAUCAAGCCUUCCCAGGACAAACUAUCGAGGGACGAGUGCAAGGAGAUUCGAAAGCGUAUCAAUCAGUCCGAGAACUAUGAUCUCCGAGCCGAAUUAGCUCGGAAAGGCUGGAUCUGGGCGACGGAACCUCCCAGCUUCCGAAACCCAGCGCCGCCUCGCAAUAGGUCGUCAGGAAAUACCGGCUCUAAAGCGAAAUCGCAGCAAGAGGAGAAUGAGUCAGAGGUGACACUGAAGAGAAAUAUCCACGCAGUAACGAUCAGCCGUGAACUUCUCCGGGAAAUUUCGGACGACUUCGACUCGGACUACGACCAACCAAGCGUAUUUGCAACCCCACUGACGGGACCCCAUGUUCUGUCACGAAGCACGGUUCUCGACAACUGCGGAGCUACGCACCUUGUUAACAACCUUGACUUGCUUGAAUCGUCUUCUAUUAAAACGUGCAUCGGCGACGAGAGAGUCGACUCAGGAACUGCUUCGUACCCAAUCCUAGCAAAGGGAACGUGGAUCUUGCCAAAAGCACUAAAUGGCCCUGAUGGAGACCUCACAGCAGACCUUACGCUCCAUAACGUUGGAUACGUAGAGAACUUUCACGUUAACAUCGUUUCGGAAGCACUCCUCCGAAAGACAGGCAUCUGGUACUCCGGAUUGGAUAACACACUUCGCCAGGGAACGUACAAAAACAGCGUGGUAGUCAAGCAUCUUGUUAGGAAGAUGAACAUUACUUUCUUCGAAUAUAAGACCGGUUCCCAGUAUAUUGCUCAGAAGCGAAUUACCUCGAGUAACGCAGGAAUCGUGAACCAUUUGGUGCUUGCAGUACAGGAUCCCGCUCGACUCUCGCUUCGUAAACCACCUGAUAGGGUCUCAUGGGAUCUCUUCGACUACCCGACAAGCUUUGACAAGAACCGCUGGCUCUUAGUGAUCAAAGACGAAUAUACCGGUCGUCUUUUCGCGUUUCCGCGCGCCCAGCAUAACGGGAUUGAAAUCGAAGAGACACCCCCCUACACCAAGGAACCCAAUGGCGGAGGCGAACGAGCGGGCCAGGAAUUAAUAACCCGAGCGAUAAAGAUGCUCAGCGCAGCGGGCCUGCCAACUACUCUCUGGGUGGAAGCAGUCAUGGCAGCCGCCUACCUGUACAAUAUGUCACCACGGAAGCGAAGAGCUUGGCUCUCACCAAUUCAAAUCUCGGAACCUCCGGCUACGGCGAACCCAGGACUCCAAUUCCUCGGACUCGCAAAACCAAGCGAACUCGUAUUUUCACUUGAAGAGCAGCCCCUGCCACCUGCCUUCGCGCCGUCGACCGUAAUCUCAGAAGAGACAACGGUAAAACGCUCCGCGGUUAACAGCCGACGCGAAGAGGGCCUGCUCACCCCGGAACCGACCCCUGAGCCGGCCGCAGCGCCGGAGGGGACGGACGGGCAAACGACCGGCCAACAAAGCUCCGAAGCGAUGGACGCCGGCGUUCCCGACCCGGGGCACGAAGCCCUCUCUGAGGCGGUCGAAGACGUGAUAUACGUCAAGACCAACAACGAACCUCCACGAGAACCGGCCGUGGAGGCCGACUCGAGUAAUGAUCUCGGGGGUGACUCCCCAACUCACCCGGUGCGGCCACACUCGGAUAAUGGGAACGGGCGCGAACCCGAGAUAAAGACCAAGCGGGUGUACAACCGCAAGGACUACGGCCAACAACAGGGCAAACCGAGACGAUCACCUCGCUUCGCCCAACACUUCGCAUUCCUACAAACGGAACAGCGGUCACUCCACAGCGAGUGA